ACUGUCAAUGUCACAUUGCUGAAAGAAAUGGCGAGAUGCGCCUCGAUGUAAAUAUUACGAAACUUUUGUAUUAUUAAUUUCUUCAUUUUACUUGCUUGAUCUAAUACAGUGUUGAAAAUGUUUAAAUUACUCAGUCGCCGAGGAUGCCGCAGUGCCGUUUCAAAGUUGUUUUGUGAGAAGAUUGAGGUUAGGCAAGCGAAGGUAUAUUACUUUUAUUCUUCAGCAAAUACCGUGAGAUUCGCUUCGACUGGUGGCAGCGAUCUCGGGAAAACUGCAACUCUUACAGAAAGUAUACCUGAACCACCGCCCGUGCCUGAUCCUUCUGCUUUUGGAGAGAUUACAGAGGCCGUUCAGUCGUUGGCUGCAAAUGGUGAACCAACGUUUGCUAGUUUGGGCCUCGGGGGCUGGUCUCCUGUCGGCCUCGUACAGAACUGCUUGGAGUACCUACACAUUACAUUAGAUGUUCCUUGGUGGGGUGCCAUAUUGAUAGGAACCUUAGCAGUCAGAGUCAUAAUGUUCCCGCUAGUCAUAAUGUCUCAAAGAAACUCGGCGGCUAUGAAUAACAAUCUUCCUGAGAUUCAGUUAUUGCAAAUGAAGAUGACACAAGCAAGACAGACUGGCAAUCAGUUGGAGGCGGCUAGAUACGCUCAAGAAAUGAUGGCAUUUAUGAAGGAGAAGGGUUUGAAUCCCUUGAAGAAUGUCUUGGUGCCAUUAGCGCAGGCGCCACUAUUUAUUUCCUUUUUCAUGGGGCUGAGAGGAAUGGCUAACUGUCCUGUUGAGAGUUUAUCUACAGGAGGGCUGUGGUGGUUUACGGAUUUGACAGUUCCUGAUCAAUUCUUUUUGCUUCCACUUCUGACAAGUGCCACUAUGUGGGCCACCAUUGAACUGGGUGUGGACGGAGGUCGCUUAGACGCACAGAACAUGCAGAUGAUGAAAUACUUCCUCAGAGCACUGCCCGUUAUUAUGAUCCCCUUCACUAUUAAUUUCCCGGGAGCAAUCCUGUGUUACUGGGUUUCCAGUAACUUUAUUUCACUUGUACAAGUUGGUGUCCUCAGAAUUCCAGCCGUCAGAGAGUAUUUAAAUAUUCCUAAAAUGGUCACACACAGUGCAGACUCCUUGCCAAUCAAGAAAAAAGGUUUUAUCGAUGGAGCAAAAGAUUCUUGGACUAACAUGAAGAUCUCCAAAGAACUAGCAGAGAGACAGCGAAUUGACGAGUUGAUUUUCACUAAAGCUGGCAAGGGACCCCUUCAAAAGACAUACAAAUAUGACCCUACUAAAUUAUCAAAUGUCCAAGCCAAAUCUAAAUAGAUACUUAGUUAUUACAAAUAAUGUAGAUUGUUAUUAUGAUAAUAUAGCAUUAUCUUAU